ACCAAAAGCCCUAAUCCCUAUCUCGUUCUCGCCAGCAGUAUUUCAGAAAUCGGAGAGUUUUGCCCGAAACUUCAGUCGUGUAGGAUGCAGACUAAUACAGAGACCAUAGAAAGAGGAAGAGGCAAGAAUAAACAUUUUUGGACAAUGGAUGAGGACGCUGCAUUGCUUGAAUCAUUGCAUGAACUAUAUCAAAGCAGCAAGUGGCGGGGUGAUUCUGGCUUCAAGAAUGGGUACGCAAUUCAACUGGAGACAAUGAUGGAAGGGAAGUUACCUGGUUGUGGAUUAAAGGCCUCACCCCACAUUGAAUCGCGGAUCAAAACGUUGAAGUCAAAAUAUUUUGCCUUAUCUGAGAUGUUAUCUCAUAGAGGCUUUGGUUGGAACGAUAAACAGAUGAUGUUAAUAUGUGAUAAACGUGUUUAUAACGAAUGGGUGAAGAGCCACAGGGAAGCAAAUGGACUGUAUGGUAAACCAUUUCUGCACUAUGAAACAUUGAAGGAGAUCUAUUGUAAGGAGCGAGCUAGUGGUGCCAAUGUACGCAGUUCUAUCGACAGGGAUGACAUACAAAGAGAGGAUGCGGACCAAGAAGAUUUGGACAUUGUAGAUUUGCAGUCAAAUCCUGUUGCCGAUGUGAAUGCGGAGACCCAAGUUGAUGGCUCAGGAGACUAUGAGGUGUCAUUUACUCAACAACCAAGUAGCCGGCGGCGUAAAUCGGCAGAAAAUAGUCCAAGUGUCUCAAAUCGUAAAUGUAGAGUUAGAAUUAGGGUUGUGGAGGAGAUGGGUAAGAGUUUUGGGAGUAUGGCUGCUUCUAUAGCGACAAUGGCACAAAAGUUAGACAACGUUUGGUCAAAUGAUAAAGAGGUGGCCACUAUGCAAGCUAAACUAGACAAUGAGUUGACGAAAAUACAAGGCCUAACUGAAUUGCAAGUCUUUCGAGCGACAAACAUCUUGGCUACAAAACAUGAUUUGUUGAGAGUGUUCUUUUCUAUGUCUAAAGAAAGGAGGAGAUCAUAUGUCUUCAACCUACUAGAGUAUGGGCUCUAGCCGGCGACUUCCAUGUGUUGUUUGCAUGAAUGUGCAUAAUUAAUUUAGUUAAUAUAUUUGGGAUUAUUUAUUUAAUUUUUGAAGCUCUACGCUGGAUUUAGGUACUAAUUCAUUUAGGUUGUAAUUAGGUUCGGUUAAACUUAUGUUUUUUUUUUUUUAAUUGAAAGAAAAACAUAAUGACA